AUGCAUAUUCUCGGCCUUUGUAACGGCUCUGUUCAUGGAAACUCUGAGAUCCUACUCAAAGCAGCCCUUAAAGCUGCUAGAGUCCCCGAUUUGUCAAUCUCUAUGUCUUGGAUUCAUGUACCUACCGUUGCACUUCAAAGACAGCACCUACCCUUCCGAGAUGAUCCAUCUGUGAUACCGUAUCGCAAUGAUGGAAAAGAACAUCAACCAGGACAGAGGGAGCCUGACGACCGUGAGUCUGUCUUUGAAGCUAUCAUGGACGCCGACGCCAUCAUCAUUGCCAGUCCGGUAUACAGCCACCAACCUGCCGGAACACUGAAGGCGCUUACAGAUGCUAUACUUGGUCCUUACGCUGAUGUGUGUAUGGCGUAUGACCUCAAGUGUCGACAGGAAGAGGGAGAUGAGUCUGUCAAAGACGUGAAAAUUGAUCCACGAGACCUCAAGCCUCGUGUGGCUGGAUUUAUUGCUGUUGCUGGGUCUAAUACAACAUUCCCGGAACAGUGGACAAUGGCUCUACUGACAAUGCAGACGUGUAUAUACCCCAUCCAUUCCCGAGUGAUUGAUCAGGUUGUGUUAACUGGGUAUGCAAGCCCAGGAGCUGUAUUGGCGGAUUCUGGGGCUGCUCUCAAACGUGCUGAGCUGCUGGGUCGUCGCGUGGCUAGUCAGAUGGGAAAGCCAUACGACGAGGCACAGUAUCUAGGGCCCGAAGAGAGUGGCAGUUGUCCUUAUUUCCAUCUGCUCGAGAUUGAGUUUCGUGAAGAAAACAAAGUUGUCUGCAUCACAUGCGGCGCAAAUGGCAUUCUGGAACUGGGCCCUGGGGGUAAUAUUCGACCGAGAUGGGAAGAGGACUCGACUGUUAGUUGUCUGACCCUCAAAGGCAACUUGAGUUCUUGUAGAUGUCAACUGGAGGAAUUUGAGUUAGCAGGAUACUAUGAAUGA